CUCUCUCUCUGCCUACCAGCUUGUCUCCAGUCAGAAUUAGAGGAGGCUUUUGCUAAAUGCAUGCCGCUCUGAGGGGAUGCACAGGCACAUGAAUAUUGUGAUCUUAUCUGCUGAAAAUGAGGCGAAAAGCGUAUAAACGGGUCAUCACAGAUAGCCAACUCCUAUCUGCCUCCCCAGGCAAGACUUAGAGCUUUGACUGUUGGUUUGUGGUUAGAGUUCAAACUUGGCUUCAACAUUCAGCCAUCCAGCAACAGAGGCAACAACGAUACACACAUGAGAGCCGAAGCAGAGCGAAAAAUAUGAAAAAGAUAUAUAUUGGCAAAACUGCCCUCAAAACCCAGAGAAAUGGUUGCAAACAUCAGAAAAGAAGCUCUUUCCACGACCACAAGGAUGACCUCCGUAAGCGCCUGUCGUACACCACCCACAAACUAGAGAUGGUGGAAACGGAGUUCGACUCUACUCGGCAGUACCUCGAGACAGAGCUGCGCCGGGCCCAGGAGGAACUGGAGAAAUUUACAGAGAAACUACGCAGGAUCCAGAGUAGCUAUGCAGCUCUACAGCGGAUCAACCAGGAUUUGGAGGACAAGAUGCACAGGACGUCCCAGCACCAUGAAGAGGAAAAGAGAGCCCUCAGUCGGGAGAUCAUCGUCCUGAACAACCACCUCAUGGAGGCGAAGAUUACCAUUAAUAAACUCAGAGAGGACAAUGACCUGUACAGGAAAGACUGCAACCUGGCAGCCCAGCUGCUGCAGUGCUCCAAGUCUCACUACAGAGCACACAAGAUGUCUGAGCUGCCGUUGGAUUUCCAGGAACGCAUCAGUUCCCACAUGGAGAAACAUAACCGGGGUAGUGGAGCCACCAUGGCAAUGUGUCACUCCAAUUACUCUGACGCUGUGCCCACGUCCAUAAUUGCCAAGGUACUGGAGAAGCCCGAACCAGGAAGCAGUUGCCCUGUAACACGAUCACCAAGCCCGCAGCCACAGGAUGGAGACUUUCUUACAGGAACAGGGAGCACUGAUCACUUGACCCGACGCCUUUCGUAUAAGACAUCUGAUUUGUACUGCAGCGAUACAGCCCUCUACUGCCCUGAACGAUGGCAAGACACAGAGCGCAGGCAGAGCGUCGACCUUCACGGCACUGGACUGCUUCAGCUCCACGCCCAGAACUCCACAGACAGUAACCCAGACGAAGAUGCCUACCACUCCGGAAGUUUCUCCCACCAUGAACCUCCAUCCUCCUUUCACCACCAUGACGAGUUUGGCACUGGCAGCCUUCCUGCUUCCAGUUCUUACUCCAGCUUCAGCCUGGCAUCAGAUGAAAAGGGAGGAGUUAGUGCUGGGUGUGGGCGCACUGCCAGUAGCACCUUAUCCUCUUCCCACCAGGGGCUCUAUAUGGACUGGCGAGAUGGUGGCAGUGGGGAAUAUGAGCGCAAAAGCAUGUCUUCAUAUGAUAAAGACAGCCCAAGCUUCCCUAAGUCCCACAGCAUCCAGCACAUGGUGACCUCCAGGAGCCCGCAAAAGGGCACCUCACCAGCGUACACGAGGACAGCUUCAUGCUUCAGUGAACCAUACCACUCCAGCACCCCUCGCCUGGCCUCUUCUCACAGUAUGGGGUCCACAACUGGACUGGGCCAGGCUCGAGGCGGAGCUCUGGACAGCCGAGGUGACGUCCAGGUGUCUGAGGAUGAGCUGAACAGCCGUUGGAGACAGCUUAGUGUGGAAGACAUCAACGCCUUCUCAUCUUCCUAUCGUAACAUCACAGGUCGGGUGUCUCCGUACAGUUUCUCUGAGCGCCACUUUGCCAUGGGCCCAUCCAGUAAGGUCAAGGGGUCUCUCUACAGCAGCUUCCAAGAAGGAGAUCAUGUCUUCCACAGCAGCAUGCUGGACCAGUGCUUUGCUGUGGGUCCCCCUUCACCCAGCCGCAGCCCCAAACCUAUGGAGCAUCGUAAGCAGGAGAAAACUUCUGUGCUGUAUAGAGCCAAGGAUGACAGUCAGGACUCAGAGUGCAGUCUUUUCCUCUCAGGGAGCUCUAAAGACAAAGAGAGUACUGGGGGAGCGACAGCAGCAAGCAGUGCCAAGAAAGACUAUGUAAAUCUGAGUGCAGACAGCUCAGCUGAGUCUUUACAUCAAAGCUCCCUUGAGGCCUCAAGUCUUCAACACUACCCUAGCCCCCGGCCGAGCGUCCGGCCUCGUCCGAGCUCCAGCUCGGCUCUCAGCAUCGGCCCUGCACUCCCAAAGAAGACCUCUCCAAGAUACCAAAAAUUUGGCAGCACGGGACUGACGAGGAAGGACAGUUUGACCAAGGCACAGCUAUAUGGUACACUGCUGAACUGAACAGAGAAAGAGAGCUAUUCAUUUUAUGCAUGAUGAUGAUGAUGAUGAUGGUGAUGAUUCCUAACUUACUGUACUGUACUGUAUGUCCCCCUGCAGCAAACAUACAUGGUGUGAUGGGAUAUUAAGAUGUUGCUGUUUUAUGUAUCUCUUAGCCAAGGCACGUUUCAUGCAGUCUGCAACACCUUUUCUAUUGUGCGUCAUGAUACAGUGUAGCUACCUGAGACCAGCUAUUCAGUAUGUUUUUGUUCAAGUUAUGAUGAUAAUUAUAGCCACUGGGAUAAAACCAUAUUCCCUAAGACAUUCAGCACAGACCCAUGAACAUACUGUGCUAUUUGCUUUUUCUUUUUUUUUUUUUUUUUUUUUGUGUCGAGUACUGUUAGUAAAACCAGCAAAAGACCAUUUAUUCCUGCUUUACAGUACAGAUAAUAGGCUAAAGCUUGUGUAAUGGAGUGACAAUAAUUACUCAUGUUUGGGAGAGGCUAACUAUUAUGUACAGUGGACCCUGCUAACUGCAAGCUGUUAAAAAGAUUUAUCCAUUCUCUAUUUUCUCUUAAAGAAAAAAAUGCAUGCUGUAUAAGGCACAUAAAUAAGAUGGGAAAACACAUUUCCAGCUAAAUUGUUUCUCAUAGGGACAUUAUCUGUAAGCACCACUUACUACAAGCGACAUAUUUCAUAAAUAUUUUCAAAUUGGCUGCACAAACGAUAUUAAAAAUUCCUGAUACUAGAUCACACUUGUUAAUCAGAAAGUUAAAAUCCCCUGAUUUUGUUUGUUCGUAUACUAGUUCUACAUAUAUAUAUAUAUAUAUAUAACUCUAAAAAACAAUUACAGUAUUUUGACAGAAAUGUACAAAUAAAACAAUGUAAGCAUUCAGUAGAAAUGAAUAGACAUGAAUUAAAGAGUAAUACAGCGAGGAUUCAGAUGAGCUUCAAGAUUUUUAGCAUUUACUCUGCUUGAAUUUUUAUUAUUUUUAUAUCAAAACGAGAUGAAGUCUGAGACUGAACUGCACAGUAGUUACCGUUAUACCAGGACACUUGUGAAACUGCCUUAAUCCUGUUCAGUGGACUGAAUUGUCUCCUUUACAGCAUCUAACAACUGUGUACAUAGUCUAUAUCUGCCGUAUCUUUACUGUACAUAUACACUACUGCUACUGUCACUAUACUGUUACUACAUACAGCGUAUGUUCUUCCCGUCAGAUAAAACACACAUGGCCAGUUUCUUGGAGGAGGAUUAAGUCUGUUCUUAAACUGUGGAUAUUUUUCAGUGGAGAUAUCCAUUGAAAUUUGUAUUAGUUAAAGAUGACGAGGCUUAAUCCCUGUUUAGAAAUCCGGCACACGCAGUCGAAUUUCUACCCUGACUCCUCAACACUGUUGGCACCAGUUACACAAACCAAAACAAAAGUGCUGGUUGUUCUAGUUUUCAGCAGAGAUUAAUUGGAAAACUCUCCAGGCAAGCUGGCAGAUCUGCAAUGUGUGCACAAAAAGGAGGAUAGGAAAGUUAACUGAACAGGUAGUAAAAAACAAAGCUGAUUAAAGAUAAAAAUGUAUAGUCAGUGUGUUGUUUUUAAACCAGCAUGCUCAAUUAGGCUAUUUAGAGAAAACACUGUGAAACUAGAAAAAGCGUGUAUAUAUACGUACGUAGAAAGUGAGGACCCAGAGAGGUUGCCCUGCUGCCCCACAAUCAUGCUACCACUUGCUAAUGUUACUAGUAUAAAUGGGGACAAAAAACAAUGCUCCAAUCUCUGUGCACCCUUUUGAUGGAUCUUGAAGGACUUCUUCCUGCCUGUGUAGCUCUAUAGAUCUGAGAGGAAUGGCGAUAUGGAUAAGCUAAAUAACGGGAACUCAGCUUUGCCCUUGACUAGUCAUGCAUUGAUUCUUUUUUCUUUUUUUUUUUGAGAAGGCCAUGCUUCUACCUCUCAUGCAGAUCUGGGAACUGGCUUAAGGCUGUUUAUAAAGAUUUCAAAACUGCAUCUCUUCUUUUUGACUUUGUCAUGUUUAUGAGGGUGAAACUGCACCACCACAGGCAACAAAAAGUCUCCAAUCAUAUUAUUAUUUAGUAUACUGUAUAGGUAUCAAAAGGGUCAAAAAGGUUUUAAAUUUAAAUUAAGUUAAAUUUAAACACUUUGGCAAGGGGAUUGAGAGGAUACAGUAUAUGGUAUUUUUGUGGUAGACAUGAUGUAUAAAGAGAUAUAGAUACUGCAUACACAUUUGUUAUUACACUAUGACUAUUUUCUAUCCAGUUUUCAGUUGAUGUUAUAUUUAUCGAAUGUUUUAACCCUGGAUGAAGAGGCUGAAACAUUUCUGUCCUGUCCUACCUCCAGCCCUGUUCCAUGAACAACAGGCCAGCUGUCUAAAUGUCAACAUGUUUUGUCUGAUGCAUGGUUAUAUAUUUUUGUUGUAUGUUUAUUUAUUUAAUAAAGAUGGCUGUUGGGAAAUACA